UUCAAAAUACAUUUAUUAUCAAAGUUUGUUUACAGUAUACAAGUUUGAGAUUUUUCUUCUCGCAGGCAACCACAAAACAAGAAACACAAUAGAACUCAUUUAAAGAAAAACACGCACAAGACCAAAAAAAUCCCAAAGUGCAAAAAAACAACAGAUCGUGCCAACAAUAAAAAGUAAACACUAACUGCAGAGACCCCAAAAUUGAAUCCUCAGUGCUGUGCUGAUAGCCACAGGGUUAGUUCAUUGUGAAAGCACUCAGAUGAAAUCAUGCAAAUCAUAAAAAAAAGUAUACAUAGAAAACACAAGGAGCAUGAAUUGCAGAGAUCCGGAAACAAGUCCACAACUGUAGAGUGUGUUCAGCACUCAGUCGAGCCGGUCCAGAAGGCCAGUGGUUGCAGAAACCCAAAGCUCCUGCACCUUCCACCCACCAGUAGCAGUGAGACCAGUCAGACGGCACUGAACACCUGUUUGUUUUCCACUCUUGUUCUCGACGAUUUUAAUCUUGCUCAACACUUUAACUGGUGUGGAGGUCUGGAGCCAAUCACAGGUUCAUGUUCCGCCAUUAUGAAUCAACUCAGGAUCUCAACCACAAUGAAUCCCCCAGGAGAUCACAGAAGCGCCAGAUUGUUCAGUCAGACCAUAAGUACAUUCUUAAAAGAGAAAUUACAGGCUGCAAUUGAUUGCAGUUGAGAAGUAGUAUAUUUAGAAGAGUAUCUGCUAGUUUUGUGAGACAUCAUGAAGGGCACAGUUUUAAGGUGCUUGGAGGUAGGUACAGAGGAGUUAUCAGGAAUAUUUUUUUUAAUGCAGAGAGUGGUGAGUGCAUGGAAUGGGCUGCUGGUGAAAGCAGUGGAGGUGGAUAUGAUAAGAGUCUUUUAUGAGACUCUUGUAUGGGUACAUGGAGCUUAGAAAAAUAGAGGGCUAUGGGUUAACCUAGGUAAUUUCUAAGGUAAGGACAUGUUUGGCACAGCUUUGUGGGCCAAAGGGCCUGUAUUGUGCUGUAGAUUCUUCUAUGAUUUUCUGUUUUCUAUGUCACCGUUGGUUGCUGGUGCAGUCUUGCCAGAAAUCUACAGAUGGCGAAGCUUGUGGAGUAGGAUAGAAAGUCGGCACAUCUCUGUACUGCGCUGUGAGUUUAUACCUGCAGCUUCUCCAUGUGCACAGUAAUGCCCCCUCUCUCAAUAUGUUCCUGUUUAAGAAACAAUUUGGUUUACUAAACCAAUCUCUACAGUGAGAGGUAAAGUUUGGAUGGGUUGGUCUUUGAACCCAGAGGCUUCAAAGAGUGAGAAGCUGCUGAGGAGAGGGACACGAGACUGCAGAUGCUGGACUGGAGCGACAAUUUGCUGGAGGAACACAGUGGGUCAAGCAGCAUCUACAGGAAGAGGAAUUAUCCACAUUUCGGGUCAGUGAUGCCUCUGCCUCCACAGAUGCUGCUUGACCGACUGAGCUGCUCCAGUGGUUUGUUUUUUGGCUUGAGAUCCAGAGGAGUGGGUGCAAACAGCAUGUUGCAGCUUCUGAGAGGGGUGGGGAGUCACUGUUCAAAAAUCAGGGAUUGCUAAUUUAAGACAGUUACAUCGCAACUUUUUAUUUUACAUACGGCAUGGAAUAGGCCCUUCAGAGCAAAUUAUGAAGACCAAUUAACCUACUAACGGGUGCGUCUGUGGGAGGAAACCAGAGCACCCGAAGAAAAGCCAUGAGCACUCAGGAAGGAACAUCAGAAUUACGUUUAUUAUAUGACCAUAAGAUGUAGGAGCUGAAGUAGGCCAUUCAGCCCAUCAUGUCUGCUCUGCCAAUCAAUCAUGGGCUGAUCCAAUUCUUCCAGUCAUCCCCACUCCCCUGCCUUCUCCCCAUCCCCUCUGAUUAUCACUGAUAUGUGUCGUGAAAUUUGUUUCUGAACAUGCAAACUUGUUUAUAGAGAAUGCCAGAAUUGGACUCUGAACUUUGACAGCCUGAGCACUUAUAGUGUCAUGCUAUCAGUUUUAUAAAACUGAUUAGACAGCAUCUGGAAUAUUGCAUUCCUUCAUGGCAGGAAGUAUAUGGAGAUUUUGGAGAGGAUUAUUCCCCUAAGACAUUUCAUCUUUCACCCUUAUCCAAUCUGUGACCUCUAGUUCCAAUCUCACCCAACCCAAGGGGAUAAAAUCCUACAGGUAUUCACCCUUCUGACACCUCUAUAAAAUCUCCCCUCAUUUUCUUGCACUCCAGGGAAUAAACAUUUAACAUUUCCAACAUUGUAAAUUUUUCCUGCAUCAUUAGGUUAAUUAGCUUAGCACAUGGUGCACCACAAGGCCUGUUCCUCUUCUGUACUGUAGGAAACAGGGACAAGAGAGGUGAUUAUACCCCAUGUGAGGGUAUAGGGGCAGGGGAUAAGGUUUAUACUUCUAGUGACAGUGCACAGAAUAGGAAAGAAGGGUUAUAACCCCAGUGAGGAUACAGAAUAAGUGUAACCCAAGUUAGAAUGCAGUGAUCAAGAGAGGUGAUUAUACCUAAAGGGGGUAAUGGGGGGGGGGGGGUUAUAUUCUAUGUGGUAUGACCGCACAGGAAAGGACUCAUAGAUCCAGCAACAGUAUGGAACAGAAGGGGAGUCAGGAUUGUACGCAGGUAGAGGGUUAUACCCACAGUGAGGAAAUAGGGGCAGGAAAGUGGGUUUGUACUCCCAGUAAGAGUAGAGGGAGCCGACUAAGUAUUACCAAGAAUGGGGCGGGGGGUGGGGGGAGGAGAGGUUGGCUAAAGUCGGUGGGCAUAAAUGGGACAGGAGGCCAGGGUUUUUUCAUAGGGGCAGCGGGAGGGUUGUACCCUAAUGUAAAUAUAGAUCCAUGACAGAUAGUUUCUUCCCACUUUCUCCCCGCAGAGUUCCGAUGCCCGAGGGGGCCACCGGCCCGGGGCCCAAGCCUGUCAGCAUGUCUAGGAUCCGCCUACGGGACGCGGGCUACCCGGAUCAGCUGCUGGGCAGGGCGCAGCGGCUCCGGCAGCGGGCGAGUCUGUGCGACGUGGUGAUCCACGCCGGCGGUCAGGAGUUCGCCGCCCACCGCCUGGUGCUGGCCUGCGCCAGCCGCACUCUGGAGCGCCUCUUCCAGUCGCCUGGUCCCCGCUACACGCUCGACUCGCUGGCCGGCCGCACCUUCGCCCACAUCCUCGAUUACUCGUACACCGGCGCGCUGGAUGCGCGGACCGAUGAGCUGGGUGAACUGCUGCGGGCCGCCGGGCUGCUGGCCAUGGACGACCUGCGCCAGCGCCUGCUGGAGGCAGCCGCAGGCCUCCAGCUCUCGGUCGCUGCCGAACCCCCGCUGCCCCGCGGCAGUGUCAUCACCUCCCCAAGCGGCCGACCGCUACCCGUGGUCACCACCGUGCCACACUGGCCGGCACUGGCACGGGAGGACCGUGCCACCGGAUUGCCCAGCGGGCCGGCGCCGGAGCCCAAUCCGAGACCACUGGAGCCGGUGAAAUCCUACCCCUGCGACGUGUGUGGGAAGGGGUUUCUAGAUAGCCUGCGCCUCCGAAUGCAUCUAUUGGCACACACAGGGAAUGAGCAGAUGCCCUUGUGCUUGCUGUACCACAAAGGUUUGGAGACGCAGUCUGCCACACUGCAGCCCCUGGGCACUCGUAGUGAGGCCAGCAUCUACACUUGUAGUGAAUGUAACUGCCCCUUCCCCAGCCCCACAGCAUUGAAACACCACUUAAAGUCACAUACGGGAGACCCUCCACAGCUGUGCACCUGCUGCCCCCAUCGCUUCCACCAUGGGGAGGCGCCCGGCGGAAAUCGGCGGUCUCAGCAGAGCGAGAAAGCCUUCCGGUGCGGCCACUGCCACAAGCGGUUCAGCCUAAAGCACCAGCUGGAGACGCACCUCAGGAUCCACACCGGUGAGAAGCCUUUUGAAUGUAAGCUAUGCCGCCAGCGCUCUCGCGACUACUCGGCCAUGAUCAAGCACCUGAGGACCCACAAUGGCGCCCUGCCCUACCAGUGCACCAUCUGCCGCCUGUAUUGUUCCAGCCUCGCCUCCAUGCAGAAGCACAUCAAGUCACACAAGCCCGAGGAGGUGCCCCCAGACUGGAGGCUGGAGGAGACCUACCUGUAUGCUUGCUACAUAUGACUGGCCCGAGGGCAGUGCCACAGAGGUUUUCCGACAACCCUUCACGUUAAAACAUGGGACUAUUUCUCAGCCGACUCUCUGAGUGGACUUCAGCAUGAGAGGACCCACAACCUUUCUCUUCCUCUCCUCCGGUCCCUCACCCCUUCCCCACCCCAUCAGCAGACCAAUGCACACCCCCGGGGGUCAGCUCUUAACCCCCACAUCCCUGGACCAGCUCCGUCGAUUUCAGCCAGCCCGGUGAGUCUCUGCUGAGGGACUGUCAGGUUCUUAUCCUCCCUUCUGACCACUAGCAGCCCCAAAAUUUGCAGAAUGGCUUCUCCAUUGAGGGUUUCUAGCAAGCUGGCCAAGGAGUGGGUGCUGUUGUACAGAGGCUCCACCCAUCCCCUAAUGCCCUCCCCCUCAGACCUUUUCCCCACUCAGGGCAGAUAGACUGCCCACUCACCAAACCCCUUGUCCCCCUCUCUCUGACCCUCAUGACAGUUCCACCUGACCACUGCCGAAUUUCUACCUCAUCCUCAUUCCCCUGAACAUCCAUCCAGCUUCCAAAUGAAUUCAGUGAUGGACCCUCUGCGGAGGAGCCCCCAAACCCCUCAACGCUGUGAGUGAAGAAAUAUCUCCCCAUCUCAUGAUUUUUCUUUUUCCCCAUUCUCAUUCCCCUCUCACAUGUUCUCUUCUCCUCACCUACCCAUCACCUCCCUCUGGUGCCCUGUCUUCUGUCAGAUUCUUCCUUCUUCGCCCUUUGCCUCUUCCACCUCUCACCUUCCCUUCCCUCACUCACCUUCACAUAGUGUCACCUAUCACCUGCCAUCUUGUACUCCUUCCCCUCCUUUCCCCUUCUUAAUCUGGCAUCCUUCCCCUCCCUUUCCAGUCCUGAUGAAGCAUUUUGGCCCGGAAGGUCGACUAUUUAUUCAUUUUCAGAUGCUGCCUGGCUUGCUGAGUUCCUCCAACGUGUUGCUCAAGAUUUCAAGCAACUGCAGAAUCUCUUCCAUUUAUGCCUUCCCAUCUCUGACCCUUAUAGAGACUCCCUUGCCCCCCCCAUGACCUCAUCCUGGGAGGGGGUUGAGAUAGUUGGGAAGCAACCUCCCUGGUGAGACUUCAAGUGGGUGCAAGCCCCACGUAAAACCUGCCCCUAAGCUCAGCAUGGGCUCUCCUCUGGAGUAUGGAUUCCCUGUCAAUCCCACGAAAGUUCGGGAGAGAGGAGGGAUGGGGGUGUAUGGGGAUCCUUCUACCCAGGAGGGGUGGGACAUUUCGGCCUGCCUCCUCUCCCCA